UAGACACCGUACCUCCUUAACUUAGCUUCGGCAAAUUAAUGUCAAUAUUUUAUUGAAUAGUCUAUUAUUACAAUUAUUUUGCUUUUUCAUGAUGCGGUCCACUGUGGUAAUUUUCCUCAUGGUAGUGGCAGUACUGCUUGCUAUAUUAGCACAGUUGGAGCUUGUUUCGGAGCCACUUAUUGCUCAAAGAUCUGCAACUAUCUCAUCAGAUAAAUACGAGACUUUCCGGAUGGUGACGGAUCUCCACAGUUAUCACAAGUGGAUGUCAUUUAUUGUAUACGUUGCUGAGGACUUGGACACUUCCCCUCAGAUGAAGAUGGGCAAACCCUUCCGACUGUAUGCAAGCUCUCCGGUCGGAAAGAUUGAGCUGCCAGCAACGAUCACAAAGCAUCAUUCUCCUUCACAGUAUGAAUUUGAGACAAAGGGCGCCCUCUUUGGUGUACGAUCCCACAUGGAGAUUGUUGAUGGCAAGAUGGCAGGUUUCUCUAAACUAACUUGGAAGAUCCAUGCUAAGAGGAAAAGUUAUCUAUACUGGAUUACUGUUGUUCAACCUCUGAAGUUCAUCCUUUCUCAGCAAGUAACUGCAUCUCUCUUCAAUCUGAAGGUUCUCAUGCAAUGACUGUCACCAAACAUUCUCCCUGGCCUUGUUUCAUAAAACAAUCAUUGUAUCUUUUCAAUGGAUCCUUGGUUUUGAUUGGCUGUUGAGCAAUGUUACCAUGGUAGUUGCCAUUGUUGACGAGUUCAGAUGAUUGUAAAUUUAUGUAAUAGGGCUUUGUUCAUAUGGCAAUAAGGUAAAGUACUACUUCUUUUGUCUUGUGUUUUAUUAACUUUUCUUCAACAGGCCUGUGGUAAACAGAGCACACCCCAUUCACAUCUACUUUCUUGAACUGGUUACCCUUAAAUCAGUUUUGGAAACCAGUCUAGGAGACCGGUUUUCAGAGCCACUUCAGGGCCACUCUGCGUUAAGUGGUCUUGUUACCAUGAGAACGCUCUCAGUUCGGAAAAAAUGAAGAGGCUGAACAUUAUGAAAAGAAUGUUUUUUAAAGGAAUAGAUAUAUAUCAUGAAUGCGUAAGUCAGUGAAUUUGAAAACUUCCUUGAUGGUUAAUGACGAAUCACCUUUAUAUCUCAUGCGCAGUUACCAUUGUCAAACGGUAUAUAUAGAGCUUAAAUUGAAAGUAACAGAAUAUUAAUUCCCCCUAGCCUCAUAGAUCUGUUAUCCUUUAUAAAGUAAUUACAAUUAUAAAAU